AUGGGAAUUUCUAGAGAUAGUAGACAUAAAAGAAGACUAACAGGAGGUCGAAUGCCAAUUCACAAAAAGAAGAGAGCAUUUGAAAAAGGUAGACAAGCUGCUAUGACUAAAUUGAUUUCUGGUGAAAAAAGAGUGAGAAGAAUUAGAGUUAGAGGAGGCAAUUAUAAAUUUAGAGCACUUCGUUUAUCUGAAGGCAAUUUCUCUUGGGGUAGUCAAGGUGUUGCAAAAAAAGCAAAAAUUGUUGAGGUUGUUUAUCAUCCUUCAAAUAAUGAAUUAGUGAGAACAAAAACAUUAACAAGAGGUGUAAUUGUUUAAGUUGAUGCUACUCCAUUCAAAUAAUGGUAUGCUAAAAAAUACAAUGUUGAAUUGGGGCCAAAAAGAAAAGACAAAAAAGUAGCUAUAUUAUUGAAAUAUUAGGAUGCACCAGUUGAAUAGACUUAAAAAUCAAAUUCUUUAUAAAAAAAAAUUACAUAAAGAACAAAAGAGAAUGUGAUUGAUUAAUUAGUUCAAGAACAGUUCUCUAAUUAAAGAUUAUUGGUUAGAAUAACAUCCAGACCUGGAUAAUCAGGGAGGGCAGAUGGUUAUAUUUUAGAAGGAAAAGAAUUAGAGUUUUAUAUUAAAAAAGUUGAAUAAAAGAAAAAAUGAUAUCAUUAGUACAUUAAUGUUGCAACAGA